GAGGCAUCCUAGCAAGCAACUGAGCUCUGAUUAAAAGUUUGGAUAAACUUCAAACAUUUCUCAUACAAUCGCAAGGCAACACAACGACUCCACCCUUCUUCUACGUGCUUUUCCCAAACGUCGUCUUUCUCCACCUAGUUUCUAAACACGAAGGGAUUAUGGUUCAAUUUGUGAUUACGCCCUGGCGAACGCGUCGCGAGCUUCUCCAAGUGCGCGAAAAGCUUUACCAAAACACCGAGACAACCCCUCCUAAUGAUUCCCAUCGUCGACAAGCCGUAUGCCUCAUAUCCGUUUGGAUGCAACGAGGAAAUUGUCCGCAUCUUGUCGAGUCCUCUGCGAUCAUUACUUCGGCUAUUUUAAACGAUGUGCCUGGAAAUUCAUCCUAUUGUGUGAGAGCUGCUUAUUCUGCUGCUUUCUGUCGUUUCGUUACAGGCCUCCUCGAUAGUCAUCAAGAUAAACGCCGUAAACUAAGUAUGUACUCGAUUGCGAAAACCAUCGGUUUACCAGCUACAUACGUCGAACUUCGGCAUCAGGCUACCCAUGAAGAACUCCCAUCACUUCCUAAGCUUCGAAUAGCUGCGCGCAAAGCAUUGAAGUGGAUUUGGGAUUUUUAUUGGGCAGAUUUAUCAAUCGAUGAAAAGGAUGAUGAUUGCAAGAUAUUCGUACGAGGGGUUCUAGAGCAGAAAGACCAAGGGAUCAAUCUGAAUAUGAUAAAGGAUCGACUUGAAGCCUACGGGAUAGACGAUCUUCUUCGCGCGCUAGGUGAACUGGAGGAAUCUUUAGAAGAUCCAAUGACGAUAUUACAAGCGCACAAUUUCCGACAGAAGAUAUCUGAUUGGGAAGAAUCUAAAUAUCCCAAAAACAACGGCACAUCUGUUCCCAAUACAACCGCCCGAGAUCUUAACGAUAUCCGAGCGGGAAUGUUGAAAAUGGAACAUGAUUUGGAAACUACCGCUGCAUCCAUACAAAUACCUAAGGACGACAAAUCUUCUGCAAAUAGUACAGAGAAAGGCUGGUCGCGCUGGGAAGGACCAUGGGUGCCAAAACCAAUAGGAGUGCUGUGAUGCAAAGAUUUGGAUUGAUACCCAAUGUUAAUGACCACGUGCCCCAGUAUAUUAUGCCCUAGUACAACGACCAAAAGCUCAACCCCACUCAGAGAAAUCUUUAGCAUAAAGAUUGUCCUCCAUAUUCCAUGUCUCGAGCAUCGAAUAUGGCGGAAUGAGCGGAAGCUUCAAGAAUGGGGUUGAGAUGUACGACAAUUAUCUCGCGCAGCAUACUUUUUUGGUUUGAUACUAGAGUGAUGCGCGUUGAGCAGUUUUCGCCUUCAUAUGGAUAUGGAUGCAUUCAAUGCAUAGCUCCCGGAUAGUGGCGGGCCAUGAAAAGUUCUUAAUGAAUAUGAGAUUUUGGUAAGAAGGGCUUAUGCAUGUAAGCCAUUUCGAUUUGCGAGUCAGCUACACCGUAUUCUCCAUUAAUACUUGGCUGUGGAAUUCUUCCCGUUUUGUCAUCAUUAUCUCUCUAUGAAAUGCUACAUUCCUCAAUCAGACUCUACGAAAUUGAUAUCCUUGAGCAAGAUUCAAAAUACAUUGGUCCUUGAUCAAGGACAUAUACCACAUGAGUAUUGCUAAAUCCCUCAAUUUAUUACUAUCUUUUACUACAGGUUCAUGUAGGGCGUCCUAUUUUCAUUUUGUAUACAAUUUUUUUUCGACCAUACCGAUUUCUGUGUAGGGUGCAGAUUCUGACAACCUGUUAAUGGCAGCAAGACAAAGAAAGCAAGUGCCGAGAAUGGAAGUAGUUUUUUGACUUCACUGGCACGUCGAUUAGUUUCCAGUAACCUUACGCACAUCAAUUUGUGCUGAUUUGGUACCUAUAGGCUUGCACUCUUCUGCUUUGUUUCACAUGGGUUCUCUUCACCGCUAGCUUCUCUCGGCUCCAUAAUAACCGAGAGCAGUUUGAAGUUUGUGCAGUGGAUGAAUGAUUGAUAUACACGUGGUUUGAACUCUAGGGUAUUGAAAAAGGCUUCAUGGUGCAAUGAUUAUUCGUUGAUUCCCGAAAGAAAAAAUCCAAGAGCUUCCACAAUCAGAACUCCAGAUCUCCAACCCUGAGAUAGAGGGCCGAAAGAUUCUGUAAUGAAACAAAUGCUAUCAAGUGGCUUCUAGACCGAUGCGCUUGUCUGGAGAGAGCAUGUCAUUCUUUCAGAUGACAGAUAGCCUUUCAAGUGUUUAGAUGGAGAUGGUGAGAUGGACCGACCUAGAAGGAUUUCGGGUGUGCAUGAAAAAUUAUAGAGGGAAGUUAAUUCAUGCAGGUUCUUGAAUCUUGACCUCUAUCCUUUACAUUCGAGCAUUGAUAGAGUAGUAAUCACAAUCAAAAUAAUCUCA